AAGAGGAUAGAGGCUUGUCAGGACCCUAAUACGCACGGCAGAUCGAUCUGGAGAGGCGCGGAAGACCGCGGACACAGCUUGGAAAGCAUUGGUCCGAGGAACCCGGACCUUGAUGCUCACCUUACCCGCCGAUUCUGUCUGAACCCACGGCCUUUUCUUCACGAUGAAUUCAAGUUCUCUGGAGUUUGCCUUGAAGGCGCGCCACGCCCCCUCCCCAAUCUGAGCUGGAUCAGGAGGCCGGGUGAAUCCCGGGGCGCUCGCACCCUCGUACCGACUGCGCCCCAUGCUCUGAUCUUCAGCCUUAAGGAGAACUCCAGGGCGGACCGGGAGGCGGCGGGGACAAAGCGGAUUCGAAACCACGAGUCCGGGCUGGGGAGCGGGCGCCGCAGGAACAGCCAGGGCGGCAGCCUGGGGAUCCACGCCGCCUGGGGGAGCGCGCGGCAGGCAUGGGAGAGUCGGCGCCAGGAGCGGGCUAAGGGCCGCUAGAGCCGGAUCCUCCCGGGGCGUGGGCACGAGUCCGCAGGCGGUGGCCCUUGCGGGAUUGUCUUCCAGUGCCAUGGCCGGCCGCGUGUGCAGCUGUGGCCCGGGCCACCUGAAUGAGGACAACGCGCGCUUCCUGCUGCUCGCCGGGCUCAUCUUGCUCUACCUGCUGGGCGGCGCCGCUGUCUUCUCAGCGCUGGAGCUGGCGCACGAGCUACAGACCAAGCAGCGCUGGGAAGAGCGCCUGGCCAACUUCAGCCGCAGUCACCACCUGAGCCGCGAAGAGCUCCGAGGCUUCCUCCGUCAUUAUGAGGAAGCCACCAGGGCGGGCAUCCGCAUGGACAGCGUGCGCCCUCGCUGGGACUUCACCGGUGCCUUCUACUUCGUGGGCACCGUGGUGUCCACCAUAGGGUUUGGGAUGACAACCCCAGCCACAAUGGGAGGGAAGAUCUUUCUGAUCUUCUACGGACUCAUUGGAUGUGCAAGCACCAUCCUCUUCUUCAACCUCUUCCUGGAGCGGCUGAUCACCGUCAUUGCCUAUGUCAUGAGAUCCUGUCACCAGCAGCAGCUGCGGAGGCGUGGGGCAGUGACCCAGGACAACAUGAAGACCCCUGAAAAGGGUGAGGUGGAUAGCCUGGCCGGCUGGAAGCCCUCUGUGUACUACGUCAUGCUGAUCCUAUGCUUGGCAUCAGUGACCAUCUCUUGUGGGGCCUCAGCUCUGUAUGCCACCAUGGAAGGCUGGAGCUAUUUUGACUCACUCUACUUUUGUUUCGUGGCUUUCAGUACCAUUGGCUUUGGGGACCUGGUCAGCAGCCAGAAUGCUCAGUAUGAGAGCCAAGGACUCUACCGCUUUGCCAACUUCUUCUUCAUCCUCAUGGGCGUCUGCUGCAUCUACUCCUUGUUUAACGUCAUCUCCAUCCUCAUCAAACAGACUGUGAACUGGAUCCUGAGGAAACUGCAUAGCGGGUGCUUCCCACGAUGCCAAAGAGGACUCCUGCGGUCCAGGAGGAAUGUGGUGAUGCCUGGCAACAUCCGGAACAGGUGCAACAUCUCCAUAGAGACGGAUGGGGUGAUGGAAAGUGACACUGAUGGGCGACGGCUCUCGGGGGAGAUGAUCUCCAUGAAGGACACCAACAAAGUCUCACUAGCCAUCCUGCAGAAGCAGUUGUCCGAGAUGGCCAAUGGUGGGCCCCACCAGCCCAAUGCAUCCUCCAGGGAUGAUGAGUUCUCAGGGGGUGUGGGGGCCUUUGCGGUAAUGAAUAACAGGUUGGCAGAGACCAGUGGAGACAGGUAGGAACCAGAAGUAGCUGCUAGAUGAAGAGACCCAGGGACACGUGGAGGAUAAGACACUGUCCUACCCCCAAUGAGCUCAGCUGAGUCCCUGGCUGUUGCAAUUCGCUUCUCAAGUCCAGCUUUUGAAAUCUGACAUUAGCCUCAGGCAAUAAUAACCUCUCAAGGUUGGGGACUGGAGCCUCCUUGCCUGCCUCUUAUUUUACUCUUGACUUCCAAGUUUCAUAUUUGGAAUUGCUGAGGUCCUCACCAUCCCCAAGAGUUUUAAUUGUUCAAGGAAGAUGGGGUUUCCUCCAGCUUUGAUUUCGCCCUGAUGGUCCAUCACUUGGGAAGGAAAGCCCUGGAGAGCCUAAUUCUAGCCUGGAACUGUGAAUGGCUGAAUUCAUCACUUCACCCAGCCCCUCCAGGAAAGGGAAGGAACAUUCCAGAAUGCAUCUGGGCCUUCUUU